AUGGCUAUAAAAUGGUCGUCCGUUCAGAUUUCCCCCUCUGAACUUUCUCUUUCAAAGGUCCUUAGAUGUGGCCAAACAUUCCGUUGGAAAUGUAUUGAUCAGAUCUGGUCCUGCUCUUUCAACGAUCGCAUCAUUCUCCUCAAGCAAAAUGACGGCAAUCUUUCAUAUUCUUCCAUACCUUUCAAAGAAGAUACCAUUAAACUUAUUCAUCAAUAUUUCCACCUCGACAUUGACGUUAAUCGGCUCUACAAGGACUGGUGCUCUCGAGAUGCUCGUUUUCUGAAAAAUUCAUCUCGUUUCCAAGGCAUUCGAAUCUUAGACCAGGAUCCAUGGGAGAAUCUUGUAUGUUUCAUUUGUUCAUCCAAUAACAAUGUCAAGCGAAUAUCCAAGAUGUGUGAAUCUCUUUGUGUUAAUUAUGGUCAAUAUAUUGCAACUUUUCAAGGGGUUAAGCACUACUCUUUCCCCUUACCAGAGCCUUUGGCUGGUAAUAAUAUAGAGAAUGAACUUCGAGAUCUUGGAUUCGGUUACAGAGCAAAGUUCAUAAACAAAACAGCCCAAAUGAUGCUCGAUGAUCCGGAUAUAUAUUAUUUGCUUGUAAGCGGUAAGCUUAGAGAUAAAACAUCUAUUGAAUGUCAGCAGUUUCUGCUCCAAUUUCCUGGUGUGGGUCCCAAAGUGGCUGAUUGCGUCGCUCUCAUGUCCCUUAAUAAGCAUCAGGUGGUUCCUAUAGAUACACAUUUUUAUCAGAUUGCUAAGCGUGACUACAGGUUUCAUUCCAAAAGUAAAAGCAAGACUAUGACUAAGAUCGUUUACGACGAGAUCCAGCAAUUCUUUCUAGACUUAUGGGGCAGCUAUGCCGGCUGGGCACAUUCAUUGUUGUUCGCUGCUGACCUCACAGACCUUGAAAACGGCAUCAACAGGAAACGGAUCUCUCCGGAAGCUGACCGGCCAAAAAGACGUCGCAAAUCUCCCUAA